CUUUCGUGCAGUGCAUUCGCAAACCUUCGUCAAUCCUAGUUCCCCGAAUGCAGCUCUGACAUACCUUAGUCUCGUUUGUAGCUAACAUUUCUACCUUCUAUUCUGUACAUUUAUUCAUUACUUGCCUCUCUUCCUUAACCUGGGAAGUUGGGAGCAUGAUCUGAGAGACAUCCUAGUUACCUAGGUAGUUUAACGAACUAUUUUCAUUUUCCGAAGAGACGUGUCGAAUCUUUUCCCCAACUAUUCUCUCUUCGCUAGCACUUCGCGACCAUUAGCCAUGACCUAGACGUCUUUAGCAAGCCAACCUUUCCCGGGAGUUUAGUUCCAUCAGACGAGAAAACGGCUUGCUUCUAAUUAGGAAUGCGCCAACAAUGGCCGAUGAUAAUCCUCGAUUAUCUGGCCGACCAGACGUGUUACGACCUCGUCGGGUCGUGACGGCACCUGUUGAGUGCCCGCCUCCUGCUCCUACUCCUACUCCUGCUCCAACUUCAACUUUACCUCCAUCUUCAUCUUCAUCUACAUCUACAUCUACACCCACUUCAUCGUCGCGCUCCGAAGACCUGGUCGAGACUCUUUAUAGCCACCCUUCUGUUAAGAUCAUCGCUUUUACAUCUACUCAGCGUGCCUCCUUUGGUUCGCGAAAAUCCUCCACCGAUGUGGAUAGACCGGGUACCCUGCCAGCUUCGUCGCGUCUCGAGAGGACGAUCGCCGUCGGCCCGUUCCGCAUUUAUCGCGCCCCAGGCUCCGUCGCAUUUCUUAGUUGCGGCUCGGCCCUACAACCCAUCCUACCGAAAAGUCAAUGCUGGUGUAUCGACGAGGAAAAUAGUAGAUUCGUCCUACAAAUACGGCGGCCACAAUACUGGAGAAUUGAGCUCCCAGUAUCCGACCCUGACGAUCAAGAACGUGCUUUACUACUAAGGGAUAUUCUCGAUAAGGCUCUGCUAUUUGAGAAGACAGCAUGUCCCUUUCAGAGAAGUUUCACGGUAGAGCUACCAGAGGAGCUAGAAGUUAGAAAGAAAGCUUGGACGCCCGACGGCAAGAACUUAAUAUCAGAUCCAUUUCUACCUAUAGUGUCACCGUCACCUAAAGGUUUUGGUGGUGAUCAACGAGCCAACCUUCUAGCCGACCAGAUUGCCUCUUUUAGGGUCGACAUUGGUACCAUUAAUGAGCUAGACGAAUCAAGAUUCAAGAGAUGGCAGAGCGAGAAUCCUGAAGAGCCAGAAAUCACAGAAUUUACAGAAGGAAAGGACUAUAGUGCUCGUUAUUACAACAAUUUGAAUGAAUGGCGGAGAGCCGAUGCGGCGUCUGCCGAUACCUUCAAAGAUUUACGCACGGCCUCGAAUAUAGUUGUGACGCCGAAGCCGCAACGUAUUGCGGAAGAGUUGUCGGACAAUACCAGUGUAGGCAAGGAAGAGAUGAUUCUUGACUCUGGUAAAGAGGAAGAAGCUACUGAUGAACCUUCUUCCUUCGAAGGGUCCGGUCGCGUAGCUCCUAUGAAUCUUACUAGGAAGCGAAUGAGCCGGAUGUUGGCUGGCCGCGCCUUUACUGCUCCUCCGCAGUUGUCUGUGAUAACCUCACCCCCCUCAAAGUCGACGCAGUUAUCGAGCGCAACCUCAUCCCACCCGCCGCCGCCGCCACCUCCACCUCCGCCCCAACGUUUGGGAUCAGACGAUAAUUCGCCUGUUGGGUCUACAGACUCGUUUCAUAGUACUCAAUCAUGGCAUUCGCCGAUCGCGCCACUGCCUCCGUCGCCUCCAUCAUCACGCCCAGUCACGCCGUCCAUAUCUCAAUUUCCCCAUCCCCAUGAGAAUAUCGUUCUCCCUCGUCCAUCGUCACAAGGAAGAGACAACCGAGUGUUUAUGCGUACACCGGAUACGGAUAGAACAUUCAUCCCAAGCUCCGCAGGGCUUACGGACCAUGCAGACGAUUUAGCCUCCCCUUUGUCCCGCUGCCCUUCGGAUAGCGUUGGCAUGCGUACGAAGCCAAUAUCCGCCGCCGAUGGCUCCUCUAAUGCAUCGCAUGCAUCUGCCUCGGAAGAGGCACAGGAAAUUCAGCUACGGCCGCGGCCGCGAAUUAAUAGUUUGUCCUUCAGCCGCCCGGCCCUCUCGCCGCUGCCAUCAGCCAUUAAUUUCUUCUCGCCACCUCAAAGGCAAACUUCUCGGAGUCGCAUGGACGUUGUCCGCAGACUACCAGGCGCCAUCAUACAGAAAACCGUCGAAAUGCUGCUGGCGCCGCCGACUCAUCUUGUGAACUUGAUGCUGAAGGUUGCCGCUAAAAUUGCAUCGGGUGAGUGGCGCGGUCUCGUCUUUGGCUUUGGUGAGGGUGGUGAGAGAAUUCCGGUUCAGUGGGAUUACUCUGAUGGGGAGUUUAGCGAUUGGAGCGACGAUGAAGAUUAUGCUAUGGCAAAGAGCAAACAGAGCAGCAACAGUAGCAUACCGCAGACGGCUGACGGUAGCCGACGCGAUUCGGCAAUGACUAAGGAUAAUCGUAGCUGGGAGGUUGAUUAAUGCUAUCUUGGUUAGUAUGAAAUCUGUAUUAUAAUGGGGGUUUAAUGAUAUGGGUCGGUAUGGUCUACUGCAUGGGAAGGGGAUUGGAGUUAGGAAUACGGCGAAAUUACCAUCACUGUUGACAUUUUCUUGUCCGAGUUGGAAUUGGACAAAGGAGGAUAUCUUGUUUAGGAGACAACGUCUACCUUCUAAUCUAAUCGACUAGCCUAAUGGUAUCUGUGUCGGUAUUCAUGUUGGUAUUAUAUCGGGAAAGCCACUCCACUCUACGUAGAAUAGAGCCUAUCGGCGUAUAAAAUGUAAUAAUAAGCCUACACGCGCAAACAUAGCC